UGUCCUUCCGCCUCCCCGCUUUGCAGGACCCAGCCGCCCCCCCGCCUCCCGCUGGGGCCCAGCCACAAGCUAGCAGACAACUACUACUGCACGCGAGACGGGCGCAGGCAGGCGUUUCCGCCCAUUGUCCUCAUGUCAGCUCAGAAGAAGUUGGCCCCCGGAGAGGAAGCUGGAAGCUCGGACUCUUCCGUCACGAAGAGGGAGAAGCUGCCUGUGACCCCGGGCUUCCCGCCUCGGAAGUGGGAGCUGUCCAAGGAUGAGCCCUAUUUGUGAAAUCGGCCCCCAGGCUCAAAGGCCGGGCUGUGGGUCUGGGCCUUUCCCUUUGGGGCAAGCAGCAGCAUCAGCAUGGAGACGCACCCUGCAAAGACUUUGUUUUUCUUCUCUGAUCUGGGCUAAUUCAAUAAAGGUAAUCAAUCGAUAACGUAACUAAAAGUUCUACAUGACUUUAGGGGCUGGUCGGGCUGGCAAAAGAGAAUUUGAGGAAUCGAUGUUGGAAUUGUUAACCUCAGAUGAUACAGCCAGAAUAAACGAAGGCACAAAACACGG